AUGACACCUCACCCUGAAAUCCUAUUAAGAAAUAUAGAUUCUCGUUCAAAAACUAAAGUUAUUGGUUUGAUUAAAAAUGGUUGUACGUCAAGAUUUAUGUCUGUAAAAUGUAAUAAUGGAAAUUAUGUUUUAUCAAAUACAUGCUCUUUUGAUACAAUUGUACAAAUGUUAGCAGUAGCUUAUUGCGACAGCACUGCAUACACUAAAUAUGUAAUGGAAAAAAAAGAGGAAAGUACAUUGUGGCAAUUAAUAUUUUGUUUACUUCGUGAUGGAGUAACAGUGCAAACAUACAGAAAACGGGUUGAGAUUUUAAGUAGUUUGUUCUCGGGAGAGCCAAUAUUGAAUGGUAUUACAUAUUUGUCUGUGGAACAGUCAAUUGAUAGUAUGUUAAAUAUGUUAUUAAAAAACUAUGAAAGUGUACAAAUAGAGGAAAAUUGCAGUUCAUGCAAAUUCGAACGAUCAGAGAAGAAACCAUUUUUAACUAUUUGUGUUACAGAAAAAAUGCCAACUAAAAGACAACUUAAUCUUUUAAUAAAUCAAGAAAUGAAACAACUAUACGACUCUAAAAUUUGUCAAAUGUGUAAUGGUAUAAUUGAGGUAACAGUAAUUCUCGGGGAACAUGUAUUUUUCAAUUUAAUUAAUUUAAAUAAUACAACUGAUGCAUUAUUUAUGGACACACGUAUUCUUCUUAAUCACAUUCCAAAAUCCAUUUCCACACCGCAGACCCAAUAUUACUUGAGAGGAUUGGGAACAACGCCAGACCUACAACAAUCGACCACCUCAUAUGAAACAAUUGGUCAUUAUCAUGCUCACACAUUUAGGCACCCCAUUAAUUCGUGGCAAAUAUAUGAUGAUGUGAAAGAAAAAGUUCACUCAGUCAAUGAAAACACCAAAGUAAAUUUACAAAUUAUAUUGUACUCUAAGUAA